CAGCACCUUGACAUUGAAACCCUCCCUCGCGCCUUUUACGAACCCUACGUCGAAUAUGCUAACACGAUGCCCCAAUAUCUUCCGUCGUCUGCUCCGAUCAUCUCCGUCGAUCACCGCACGCGGCGGAGAAAGGCUGUUGAGCUCAUUAUUUUACCAACAUGAGUCUCUCUACAGCACUCAUACCGAAACAUUAACCGAAAACGACCGGAACCGUAAAAAUGGCAAAUGGUUCAUUUUACCUCCGUUCGCUCACACCGUCAAUCUAUCCGCUUUGGGAAAAGAGCUCACCGGCGGCGGGUGUGAAUCGAAUUCCGAUGCGGACAGCAAAAUGACGGCAGUUAAAUGGACUCUUCGGUGCUGCCCCGAGCUCCCUAGAAGCCUUGUGCAGAAAUUGUUUCGCCUGAGACAGGUUCGAAGGGAACCCCUUGCAAUAGAAGUUUCUGAUAAUGCUACCGAUGUACAAAAAGGUCAACUGAAAAGGGUCGCAGCUAAGGACUCUUUGAAUAUUGGAGAUCGAAUCUAUCUUCCUGGUUCAGUUCAACAGUUCCCUAUGAAAAAACAAGAGUGCCAUUGCAAUGAAGAGGAAGUGAAGUUUAUUCGCGGUUUGGUGCUUUAUAAGGAUUCAUCUAUUGUUGUUAUCAACAAACCUCCUGGGAUGCCUGUUCAGGGCGGUAUUGGCAUCAAAAGAAGUUUAGAUGAACUGGCUGCCACUUGUUUAACUUUUGACUAUGCAGAACCUCCUCGACUGGUGCACAGACUUGACAGAGAUUGUAGUGGGCUGUUGGUGUUGGGAAGAACACAAACAAGUGCAGCAGUUCUGCACUCCAUUUUCCGCGAGAAAACUUUUGAUGCAUCAAAAGAAGACAGUAACAAACGUAAAAGAAUCCUACAAAGACGAUACUGGGCGCUUGUAAUUGGAUCUCCAAGACUCUCGAAGGGGUUGAUUUCAGCACCACUUGGAAAGGUUGUGGUGAAUAAUGGAAAGUCUGAUCGAAUCACAGUUGUUGACAAUGCUCAAGUUGCUUCAUCUCAGCAUGCAAUAACAGAAUAUCGAGUGAUUAAAUCAUCAUCCGGUUACACAUGGUUAGAAUUGUUUCCUCUCACCGGUAGAAAGCACCAGCUCCGUGUACAUUGUGCCGAGGUAUUAGGAACACCAAUAGUUGGAGAUUAUAAAUAUGGGUGGCAAGCUCAUAGGAACUGGAAACAUUUAUCUGAUCUUAAAGGGAGUUCAGAUGAAGGGUUUCCCAAGGACAAAACACUUCCCUUUGGCCUUGAUCUGGAGGGUGGAAGCAUCACUGGGCUGCAUGUCAUGACAAUCCAUCACCUAUCAUCAGCUUCUUCAGGUUCAUCUCGACACUGUAGUUGAGAAGUCUCUAUAGAUUGGAGACGACGGUCAGAGACGGCGGGGUCCGCCGUACACGUGGCAUUAUAUGAUUGGUCGAUAGCGGAACAAGUCAUCGGACAAUAAAUAAACGUGGAAGUAGAGGAUAGCAACCUAACCUUAUCUCUCCUACCUCUUAUUCCGCCUGUCGCCACUUACCGAGUUUCGUCUGCUUUUCGCUGGUGACACCAAACGCAGCAUUUUAUUUUCGUCCGCUCUUUUCGGCAGAAAAAAAUAUUAUUAAUUUAAAACGGCUAGUCUGAGUCUCUGUAUAAAUCCCCGUAAAACGCAGAGAGACACUACCAAAAGUUGUUUGGAAGGAGACGGAUUUUCUCAGGAAAA